GUGCUUUGCGUUUUUCUAGCCAUCUUGUCGAGUGAGAGGAAGAGGAACGCCGUUAGCUUGUGAAAUUCAGCAACAGCAGCCUGUAGAUGGGACGGGCUGUGCUACGGGGAGGCUAAAUUGACUUCCUUUCCGGUAGAUAUCGGCAUCUUAAGUUGGCAUUUUCUCGUCAAGAGACUAGGAUGAACACGGACUUUUCCCCAUGAUGUCUUACAUUCUAGUUCCCAGGUAGGAAAGUGCUUUUGAAGAGGAUUGUGGUGACGAACGGGCCCGCCUCAGACCGUAGUAUCGCUGGCAGCUCGUUAGCUGUAUCUGCGACAGCGGCCUUCUGGCAACUCCGGAGCCGGGACACCAACGUUAGCGACUUUACGGAACAGGCCGACUCUUACAGACCGCUUGCACUGAGUCUGUGAUAUUGGUGAGGUUGGUAUCAGGGUGGAUAACGGGGACGCCGUUUUUCAACUUUCGAGCAUUUCUUUUUAGUCAGUGAAAUGCAACAGGAGUGGAGAGCCAUGAAGAUGACGUGCAAUCGUCACUCUAUCAGUUACCAACUGUGAACUUGUUACUGAGUUUGCUAGCUAAGCUAACCAGCUAGCUAUUUGACAUAUCUCGACAUUGUGUUACUGAGUUAAGACUCAAACCUCGACACACUUUCUUCUUACUAGCGGAGAGUGGAGCACACAGUAGUGUUCAAAAUGUCGAAAAUGCCGGCAAAGAAGAAAAGCUGUUUUCAGAUUACAAGUGUGACACAGGCUCAGGUGGCGGCUAGCAGCAUCACUGACGACACCGAGAGUCUGGACGACCCAGACGAAUCAAGGACCGAAGACGUGUCAUCGGAAAUCUUUGACGUGUCCAGGGCCGACUACGACCCGGAGGUGUGUGAUAUUAGUUCAUCAGAGGAAACUCUUAACAACGUCUCAGAGACAGAAGCGACCUCUGCCUUGAAGUGUCAUAUACUUCAGGAUGUGCAUAUAGCGGCAGUGUCAGGUCCACCUAACGGUGGGGUUGCUUAUCGAAACAUUGGCGCUGUUCAUACCAACGCGCAUGUUGUAGGAGGGAACGCGGCGUCCACCCAGCAGUCAACAACAGCGGUUGCCAGUCAGUCAUACACUACUCCACAGGUCCCCCCUGCUGCCUCUAGUUCAACAACAACUAGUUGCAGUUCACGUUUCAGGGUCAUUAAACUUGAUCAUGGUACAGGAGAGCCUUUCAAACGGGGCAGAUGGAUGUGCACAGAGUUCUAUGACAAAGAUAAUGAAAGUUAUUCAGCCAGUAGGACUAUGGAUAGCAGUAAGCAUGUGUUCACCCUAGAUCACAGUGUCGACAGGGACACAGGUGGUUCAGUGGCAACCCAUUCAGAACCUGUAUCGGAGAGCGGCUAUGUGUCUGCACCCCAGGGUGAGAUGCAGGCACAGAGUUAUGGGAUCUCGCAUCAGACUUUCGGAGGGGCUUCUCAAAGCCUCACUGCCCCUGGACAUAAUGGUCUUGCCACUUCCCCUGGCAUGGCCCCUUCUACUCAGCCACAACAGUCUCCUUACUCCCCCCAGCAGCAGCAGCACCCCCCCAGCCAUAACCUCCCAUCAGUGAUGCCUCCCACCCAGCUGGACUACAGACAGCAACAGCAUCAGCCGACUGUGGCACCCCAGCCUCCAGGCACUUCCACCAUGACACACACUCUUCCUGUGGCCUCGCUCCCUGUGGGAGCCCCCCUGAGCCAGGGUCCCUCCCCAGUCAUGACUCCAGGUGGUGUCCCUGUCCAUAUGCUGGGGCUAGUGACCCAUAUGGGAGAUGCGACAGGACCUGCAGGAGGGUCUCUUUCCAGUGGACAGCCAGCAUCAGCUCAGCUUCAGCAAUCAGCAGGUGGUGGAGGGGCUGCAGGGGUUUGCGGCCUGCUUCAGGGUGGACAGGCAGCCCCUACAGCAGUGAUCCCUGGCAUCCUAUCUGGCAACCCCAGUGCCCCCCAGAACAUGCCAAGUCAGGCCCUGGCUGGUGGGGUGUCGAUCCAGAGCCAACAGAGUGAUGAGACCCGCAGGAAGUCCGAUGCCCUACCUCAGCCUUCCGGCAUGCUGGGAAAAGACGCUGGCAAGUCAGUCAUUCCAGAGAGCCUGAUGCUAGGAGGACGAGCUGUCAACAGUUUGUUUGGAAUCCCCAUUCCCUUUGAUGGGGAUGAGGACAGUGCUUCCGGAGCCAGUGUUGUAGCCAUUGACAAUAAAAUCGAGCAGGCAAUGGAUCUGGUGAAAAGCCAUCUAAUGUAUGCUGUACGUGAGGAGGUGGAGGUCCUGAAGGAACAGAUUAAAGAGCUGUACGAGAGGAACUCUUUGCUCGAACGAGAGAACGCCGUGCUCAAGUCUUUGGCCAACAGCGAUCAGCUCUCUCAACUCCCGGUCCAGAUCAGUCCUCACACGGGCAGCACGUCGCCCCCUCAGCAGCCUUAUCAGCCCCAGCAGCACCCCCCCACCAGUGCCGAACCCACAGCUCCCCCUCCCCAACCCCACAACCUUUCCUCUGCCUGAAGUGCUUUCUCUGUUUCUCCCAGCACGGGAUGUGUAGAAACAUUUAAGAAUCAAAAAAAGAGCAAACAUCUUUGCAGUUUUUCUUGUCAAGAAGAGAAAAAAAAAUCAGCCUUGUUUGUUUUUUUUUGCCACCAACGUCUUUUAACUUGUGAAGAGCCAUGCUUCAGUGUGCUGUGUCGUGUGGCCUUCCCAGUACUAGACAAUCAUCAUGUGAGCGCUUUCCUGUUCUCUGGCCGCUCACCAAGCAUCCGCAGCAGGGGCUGGCCCAGUGGCCUCAUAGGGGCGAGGAGGUCGUGUGGAGCCCGGAGAAGGGUGGGAGGCUGGACAGGUGGCAGGAGGCGGCUCUGGGGGAGAAGCCCUCGUCCAGCUGCAGCGAGUCCUGUUUAGGGGGUUUGGUGGCGUUGGUUCUGUGAAAUGAGCUUGACAGGGAAUUGGACAUUUCUGAGGGAGAAUUCAUUCUUCAUUUAGGAAAGUGGGGUGUCUCGGGUGGGAUGGUGAGCCUUGUUUUAACGUUUUGAUUUUAAAAGUCCUGUUUUCAUGUUGCAAGAACUGUGCAUUCAGUUGUUUCUCUCCCCCCCCCCCCCCCCCUUCUCUGUUUCCUGACUUUAUUAUUCAAAAUGUAAAUGACAGAUAAAGAUAAAUAGUUCAGAUUUUACUGUUUUGCUGUUUUAUUUAUUACUGGGCUGCUAUUUUCAUAACAUAAAUGAACAAUGCCACAGAAAUGGUUUAAUGCUGAAGACAAAUCUUGGUUUAUGAAAUUUCAAAUCACACAUUUGAAUGUUCUAUCGCAUAAAUUAGACUCCAUAAAGACAAUAGAAAUCCCUAUGACAACUCGACACUAAUGGCAAUUAUAAAACUGGCAUUGCUAACAAAUGGUAGGUAAAGUCUACAAUGAAUGUACAUGUGUAAAGUAUUAAGAGCAUAGCAAGUUUGUACAGGUGAAACACCAAUUCUUUUGAAAUGACAAAUUUUAACAAAUCUAUGGUGAGAUAUUUUGAUGAAGAAACUUGUUAAUUUGUUUUUCUUUGAGAAUGGUGAGGUGAUUGCCAUACAUCCCCAGACUAGUUGAGAAUUCAAAAGGCGCAUAGUUUAUUUUCGGAGUUGGGGGCAAAAAGCUGUGAAAUUGUUCAACAACCUGUUUGUAACCAAAGAAGCAAAGCUGUGUAAGUCUAUUUUUUUAUUUUGUAAUGCACACACUAUGUUUUUUUUAUUUUUAUUUUUUACCUUCACGUCAAUUUUGUUUUGGAGGGUCUGUUUAGCAUGUUCUGCAUGAUGUAUAAUCCAACCACUUUCUUACCUCAUGUUUGUACUCAGCACUCUUUAUUGUAACAUAGUAGUCUGUGAACUGUCAUCUUGGAAAGGAUAGAGCAAGUGGUGAUGUUUAGAGAGGUGGAGGGGUAUUAUAGAUGGUGUUUUGCUGGAGGAUUUGCUUGGAGGUAUUUAAAAUGCGCUAGUACAAAAAUGAAGUGAGCCAUCAUAUUGUCAAUGUUGAGUGAUAUACUUCAUAUGCAGAAUAAAAGGUUUGGUGUGGCAAAUUAUAAUGUGUCUGGCAAAAGCACCCAUUUAGAUUCAAAACUGUGUACCUUGAGUACGGAAACUCCUAAAACAAUAACAAUUAAAAACCAAAAUAAAAAACACCCACAAAAGAUGAGCAGUUGUAUAUUUUUUUUUUUUUUUUUUUUUUUAAGCAGUCCCAUUUGAAACCGCCAGAUCUGUGAGAAGCAUAUGGUAUGUCCUCUGUGUUUUCUAAAUGUUUUCUGUGCCUCUUGUACUGUUGCUUUUGUACACAACCUGGUUCCUAGUUUGUAGCUCAGAACGAAUCCAUACCAAACGCAUAUGGUUUACCUGUACAGUCUUGUCUCCUCUACCAGAUCUUUGUUUUCAUUCUCCACUGGCGUUCUGUUUUUGUCUGAAGGAAUUGUAGUAAACAAGCAAAUUGUAUUGUAUGAACUUGAUCACUGAGCCUUUGAGAGAUCUUUAAAAAAAAGAAAUACCCUUGUAAUGUGCUAUUUCUGACUUUUUUUUUCUCCAUCAAAAAUAAAUUACUGUUCUAUUCAGAACAACCCGAUCAUGCCAAA